AUGAAGGUGCUCCCUGCAUCUGGCCUCGUGCUCCUCCUCAUCAUGGCUUUGAACUUGUCCACCGCAGCCCCCUCUCUAUUUGCAGCCACCCCCAGGACCUCAAGGAACAACUACCACCUCGCACAGGCGUAUCUUGACAAGUAUUACACCAGGAAAGGAGGGCACCAGGUUGGUGAGAUGGCUGCACGAGGAAGCAACUCGAUAGUAAAGAAGAUUAAGGAGCUACAAGCGUUCUUUGGCCUCCAAGUCACGGGGAAGUUAGACCGGUCCACAAUGGAUGUAAUCAAGAGGCCUCGCUGUGGAGUUCCUGAUGUGGCAAACUACCGCCUCUUCCCAGGCGAACCCAAAUGGAAAAAAAAUACUUUGACAUACAGAAUAUCUAAAUACACAUCAUCCAUGACUUCUGCUGAUGUAGACAAGGCAGUGGAGAUGGCCUUGCAGGCCUGGAGUAGCGCUGUUCCUCUGAACUUUGUGAGAAUAAAUUCAGGAGAAGCGGAUAUUAUGAUAUCUUUUGAAACAGGAGAUCAUGGGGAUUCCUACCCAUUCGAUGGGCCUCGAGGGACUCUAGCCCAUGCUUUUGCACCGGGAGAAGGCCUGGGAGGAGAUACACAUUUCGACAAUGCUGAGAAGUGGACUAUGGGAACGAAUGGUUUCAAUUUAUUCACCGUUGCUGCUCACGAAUUUGGCCAUGCACUGGGCCUGGCCCAUUCCACAGACCCCUCAGCACUGAUGUACCCAACUUAUAAGUACCAGCAUCCCUAUGGAUUUCACCUCCCCAAGGAUGACGUGAAAGGGAUCCAGGCAUUGUACGGACCUCGGAAAACGUUCCCAGGAAAGCCCACUGUGCCAGAUGUCCCCCCUCAUAAUCCGUCCAUCCCUGACCUCUGUGAUUCCAGCUCAUCCUUUGAUGCAGUGACAAUGUUGGGCAAGGAGCUCCUACUCUUCAGGGACCGGAUUUUCUGGCGUCGGCAGGUUCACUUGAUGGCAGGGAUCCGGCCCAGCACCAUUACCAGCUCCUUUCCCCAGCUUAUGUCCAAUGUGGAUGCAGCUUAUGAAGUGGCUGAGAGGGGCACUGCUUACUUCUUUAAAGGCCCCCACUACUGGAUAACAAGAGGAUUCCAAAUGCAAGGUCCUCCUCGGACUAUUUAUGACUUUGGGUUUCCAAGGUACGUGCAGCGAAUAGAUGCUGCCGUCUAUCUCAAGGAUGCACAGAAGACCCUUUUCUUUGUGGGAGAUGAAUACUACAGCUAUGAUGAACGAAAAAUGAAAAUGGAAAAAGACUACCCAAAGAAUACUGAAGAGGAAUUUUCAGGAGUAAAUGGACAAAUAGAUGCCGCUGUGGAACUAAAUGGCUACAUUUACUUCUUUUCAGGACCAAAAACAUACAAGUAUGAUAUAGAGAAGGAAGAUGUGGUUAGUGUGCUGAAAUCUAGUUCCUGGAUCGGUUGCUAA